UAGUCAGCCCUGAUUACUUGACAGGUGCGUGACAUGACAGUUCAGCUCCCCAGCAUGUUCCCUAAAGGAAAGGGUUCUACUGUACCUUCAGACAGCCAAGCAAGGGAAAAGUUAGCUCUCUAUGUAUACGAAUAUUUACUCCAUGUCGGGGCACAGAAAAGCGCACAGACAUUUCUGUCGGAGACUCCACAGAUUAGGUGGGAGAAGAAUAUAACGUUAGGAGAACCACCGGGGUUUCUGCAUUCAUGGUGGUGUGUCUUUUGGGAUUUGUAUUGUGCAGCACCGGAGAGGAGGGAAACAUGCGAACAUUCAAGCGAGGCGAAGGCUUUCCACGACUAUAAACAGCCCGGUUCAAAGCUUUUAAAGUCUGGUAUGAUACCCCAUUCACCCUCAGAGAGAGGGAGGCCGAACCCGCAUUUGGAUGUCAAUGGAGAACAACCUGUAGCACCAUUUCUACACAAGAGUGGUGCAGCUCCAAGUCCAGUAUUAGGCCAGAUGCCCCCUAAUGAUGGGAUGCCGCCUAGUGGUCCAAUGCCUCCGGGCUUCUUUCAGAAUCCCAUGCGACACUCACCCUCACACCAGAACCCUGGCCCUGGGGGUCCCCAGGGGUCGCAGCCCUCACCCCACGCUCAGCAUCAUCACCAUGGCAGUCCCAUGAUGCAACAGAACCAGCAGUUACCUCCUCAUCACAUGGACGGAAAUCAAUUAUCACCUCAUCCGAUGGAUAUGAACCAGCCGUUUAUGUCACCCCGCUACUCAGGCCCGAGAGGCGGUCCCGUCAGAAUGCCAGGGAGCCAGCCUCCACCCGGGGGCAUCCCCAAUUCACAAGGCAUGAUGCCCAACUCCAUGGACCCAACAAGGCCGGGAUUUUUCGCUGUCAAAAAGGAAGGUCAUCCAAGCAUGGGAGGCCCAAUGCCCAGAAUGAACCACCCACGGAUGCCAAUGCAACCGAAUGGCUCCUUCUCCCCACAGAACUACGGUGGUGGCAUGAGACCGCCCCCUGGCUCAAUGCCGGGCGGGAUGCCCUUACCUAUGCCGGGAGGAAGACCAUGGAAUCCAAACACAUCAACGGUAAACUAUUCCCGAGCGUCACCAGGUGGUUUUGUUGGUCCACCAGGCAGCGGAGGUCCACCCGGUACGCCCAUCAUGCCAAGUCCACAAGGCACCCCACAAGCUAUGUCCUCGGACAGACGCAUGUCACAGGGUAGCUCAAGAAGAGAUUCAACCAACUCGGGUGACAACAUGUACACAAUGAUGAAACCAGUACCAGGUGGCAACAUGGGACCAGGGAAUUUCCCGAUGGGAUCUGGACCUGACGGCCCAAUGCCCAUGGGAUCACAGGACAUUCCUCCAGUAAUGAACGGUGAGAUGGAUGGUAUGCCUAAGAGUUCGCCAGCAAGCAAUCAAGGCCCUGGGGGGCCAGGCACGCCCAGAGAAGACAACGGGGAUAUGAGCGGGCAGCUGUUUCCAAACUUCCAAGACAAUGACCAGAAUGAGUCAGCGGCGAUACUUAAGAUAAAAGAAAAAAUGGAGGAGGAGGCAAAAAGAUUCGAGAAGGAGACCCCAGGCGAACAUCCCGACUACUUUAUGCAUCAACCCUAGCCACACGCCCACACGGACACUUACACACCCCCCAUGCACACACACACGCACCCAACCGCAGCCUACUCCUGGUGCCCUGCGCCAAACUAAACUUAACCAAUGACUGCGAUAUCUGGUGCUGCCCGCAGGUUAUCAGUGUCAGUCACAUGGUAAAUUCUAAGAGGGGCCAGACUGCUUGACCUUCUGACCCUGUAGGCUGCCAACUCCAGUGCGGCCGUCAUGGGUCCUCGCACCACACAGAGAGCAGAGAGGAAGGCAUUUUGACCAGUUGAGGCUGGUGCUUAUAUGCAUAUCGGAGUGACCAGUUUCACUGUUUACCACAAAGUGCAAAGCAGAUAGGUACUCUGUUGUAUUGCAAAGCCUUUCUAACCGUUCCUUUCUUCAGUCUUGUACCCUGACUGCAGAUAGACCAGUGUAUUCUGAAACUGCUAGUUCUCCGAUUGAUACACACUCUCCAGCCCGCUUGAGAAAUUUGUCAUGUGACUUUGAAAAAAAUUUAAAGUAGCAUCCAUGUCAAGAACAACAAAGAAAAGGCUAUGACAACUGACGACAUGUGACCCUCCGACCUUUCAACUUUGACACAGACUACCAGGCUGCGUACAACAAAAGAAGUAUUCAUGGGAAAGGUGUUCAAAAUGUGAAUAAGUACGAAUACUGAUAGAGGAACAUAAGAAAAUAUUUAUCAAUCCCACCUGAUGGUGGUUUCAACACCCGUAUCUAAAGUGAGUCUCUUGUUGAUAAUAUUCAAAGCAUUCGCGAGAAAGAGUCAUCAGUUCUUUAUGUGUAUAAUUACGCUAGAAGUUUAACUCCGUUGAAAUUGCCAAAGUGAUGUGCCCACCAAUCAUUACGUUGUUACAUUUGAAAAGAUUUGUAAGUAUUACAUGAUACGCUCCACCAGUAUUCAAAAAAACAAAAUCUGAAAACAGGAUUUAGUUAGGUCUUAAGCACUUCCCCAAAUUUCUAGGAAAGAUAGUCUGUAGAACUAUGCAGUUGUACCAGUGCCAUGGGGUCUGAAGCAUGCACAGUGCAUUAAGGGAAUCCAUGAAAUUCAUUGAAGUGACUUGAAGAGUUUCUAAAAUAGUUAUUCAAGAAAUUAAUUAUUCAUCCAAUACGUAUUCAAAGUGCUACUUCAAAAUACAAAGUGUGUAAAAAAAAACCAACCCAUUAUACACACAACUUUUUUAAGGAUUGAUUUAAAAAUACAUAAUAUAUGUAGAAAAAAACUGGCUCAGUAAGACUAAACGGAAAAGUGCCACUUAAGAGAUAUUAUGGAAAUUUCCAGGCAUAUCUGCCAGAAAAGCUUGAUUCAUGUCAAGCCAUUUGUGAAGGCCUUAAAAGCCCUUCAGAGCACAGUAACAUUAAAAGUAACUGAGCAGUUAGAGAGAGCAAGGGCAGUACAUGUACAUGCCAAGAAUUUUGCAGCUGUUUCCUCUUAAACUGAAACCGGUCCCGCCCGACAUGAAGACUGCAUUGAGAUCCAACUGUAAAUAUUUUGUACCUACGAACCACACCCGCACACCACAACACCCCAUGACCCAUGGGGACUUGAGUAACCAGUAUAUGCAUUGACAUCUUUUGCAGACUUAAGUUUCUUUUUGAACCCACGAAACCCUCCGUGAUUAAUAAACAAAUGUCAGCCCUGGAGGCUUCAAUUUAUCAAAAGACAACAAUCUUUAAAGAGAUGCUGGCAACAUCUUGUUUUCUUGAGCUAGUAGUGGUGCAGUGGUAAAGCCCACCCCCGUCCUCCAAUUUGUAAACACAAUAUAGCUUUCUCCAUAUCCUUGUUAAAUCAUGACUAAGCGUUAGUUCUUUCAAAAACAGUGCAGUGAAGAAAAGACUUCACCAAACAGGCCCCUGUGAUCCGUGAACAAAGAAAAAAGUUUGAUGAAGCAGUUAAGUUCUUGUAGUUUGUUUCUCCUUUUUUUUUUGAAAACAUGAUGGCAAUUAUGAAAAGACGAUGUCAGGUUCUUCCCACUUAAUAAGCAAGUGCAACUCCUGUCCCAAAAUGCAAUGUAUUUUGUUAGAAUUUUGUUGCUUUUUUAAGGCAAAAACCAUCUGGAACUCUCUCUAGGUGUAGUUUUUAGGUAUUCGGGUGAGUCAUGCGAAGCAAGGAAGAAAGUGUGUUGAAAGUUGCAAAUCCCACCUGUAAACAAGCAAUGAGCUAUGAACAAACAGAUGUAAAGAACAUACAUUUCAAGGUCUUUUCACUGCAUUAGAGAGCAAACCACAACUGUGAAAUUAGGGUAUGUAACACUGGACUAUUUUUUCUUGGAGAAGCGUGAAUUGGUGGUUAAAAAUAUGUUGUUUCAGUUUUAAGUCAAACUCCUCAUUGUGAAGGUUUGAACGUACACGUAGGGUUAAACUUUCUUUUGCCCCAUGGAGGUCACAAUGGCUUGGGAAGAGGAAAACGCUGGCAUUUAUUUUGUCACAAUAGACACACCAUGAAAAAUAGUCAGUGGAAAUGUAUUUAAAGUAUUCAGAGAAGUCAGUGGAGUGAAGUGUACGAAAUUAAAUGAAGGAUGACACAGGAAUAGGCAGCAGACAAAAUAUGGACAAAAAGUUCCACUGCUAGGAACUAGUCGAUUCUAUGGCAUUCCCGUUAACGAUUUUGUAACCCUUUGUAAACAGACUGGACAGGGGAAUGCGUAUGUGUACAAAAUUUGUACUAAGUGUUAUUUGUAGAGUACGACGGAGAAUCAAGAAAAACAAAGUGACAAAAGUUCCUUUAUUUAAUGAUAAAUAUAACGAUAUCACUGUUUGGUGACAUGUUCAUGUAUAUGUUAGAAAGAUGUGUGGAGAAAUUGUCCCUUUUUCUGUUGUAGGACGUCUAGAUUUUUUGUGGAAAUUUUUGGUUGUUUUUGUGAAGCUGAAAGUGAGAGCUGAUUGAAAGGGGUUGGGAAAGGACUGGCGCGUGUGAAGGGGUGGGAUAGGGUGUUCUAUUCAUGAAUUUAAAAAAGUAAAUAAGAGAAAUUAAAAAAAAUGAUUAUAAUUAUUAUUAUUAUUGGAGGUAGGUAGUUGGUUCUGUCCUAAAAUCUGUGGGGAACAUUUUAUCUUUUAGCAAACUUUUCCUUUUUUUUCCUCCUUGUGCGUUUCUUCUCUUUUAAACGUUACCAUAGUUUGUAGCUUUGUCUCACUAGCACUGCUUUGUAUUUAAAAUGCUUAUAUUGUAUGUAUUGUACGAACAAUGAACUAAUUUAUGCGUUCAGUUAGGGUGUAUCUCUGACUCUUUUAUGAAGGCCUGCCAGAAAUCUGUUCCUCGUGGAGGUGAUUGAAGGCUGUUGGAUCAGUGUUUGCGUGGCUCCUUUUGAAAUAUUUCAAACUCGCGUUAUACUCGUCUGGUUUGCCCAUUGUGAUUGUUUCUGUUCGUGGAUAUUUUUUUGAAAUAUUUAUUUAUUUGCUGAUUAAAAUGCCCAUUUCACUGUGACAAACCAGUUUCAGUUGCCCACAAUCAAAGUGGACACAAAAAGGAUGUACAUGCAUUGAGUUUCGUCCUGUGGCGAAGACCACAGCACAGGAGAAAUCCACAGGUUUCCUGGGCCCAAAUUGCACCGUGAUUUUUCCGUUUCCAUUGGUGGUUGUUAGUGUGGUCAUUUGAAUGCUCAACUCACACCUGAUGUCCGCUUUCUGACAUUGGUCACACCUUUUGUUAAUGCUACCCAGCUAAGACUCUACCUCUUUUAUUCUGACUGUUUUGUAGGCCUAUUAUUUAUAGUUUGCUCACUGGUCUGAGAGAAAUCAGUCUCCUCAUUCAAGCGCUCCCUGUUCAGCUGUUGUUUAUCUCUGUAAUAUUUUGUGCAAAAACAAAACAAAGAAAAACUGCCAGAAAUUAUUUGUGAUCAAUGUUUACCACGCUCCUGUAGAAAGAAAAAGCCACCAUGUUUUGUGUUGUCUUUUUUUUUUUUUGUUUGUUUAGAAAUGAUACACUGUACAUACAUUUUAAAUAUACAAAUAAAUUCUCUCGAUGGGGGGUGGGGGAUAAACGGUGUAGCACAAUUGUACCUUGUUGCACCAGAACUUACAAAUUGGUUCAAAUAGGGGAGAGAAUUUUAAUUGUACAUUGUAGCUUUACCAGAGGAUAUUUCCCAUCAUCCCUUGUGCUUUUAUAAUUGACCUUUGACUCAUGGCGGCCAUGUUUGUAGGCUUGUAAUGUAAUCUUGCUAGUCCACUGAUGAGUGAAUGUUAAGAGACGUGCAUUAUUUAUUGGGAGAUUUAAACUUUGUUUCAACUGAUAAUCUUCAAGAGAUUCUCCCCUAGGGAUUACCAUGUUAACAUACAUUUAAGUAUCAUGUAAUCAUGUACAGUGAACCAUUGAUUUUUUGUACAAAUUGUAUUUUUCAAGUUGAUCCUCCAAUUCAAAAUGGCCGCCAUGUGAACAGGUCCAUAUAUUUAUUUGUCUUUGUAGUUAAAAGAAGGGCGUAAUUUAGAACUCAAGAAAAUGUUUUUUCCGCUGCCCGAGAGGAGCCUGUGGUUUAGAACAGUGGAGUAAUUAAACCUACAUGUUUUAUCUUUAUCAGCAAUGUUAUUAAGUUAUUCUCAUCCCAUAAAUCUUGUUCGUGAGAAUGGAAUAAAAGAAUUGACUUUGUGUUCAUGCAA